UUAAAUAGAGGUAUUCCGAACGGCGACCUCCCUGUACGUGAUCUGAACUAGCAUCGACCUUCUACGCAGGUUGGCUGGAUAGCUUGAGGAAACAGAAGUAUUGACUGUUCGACUAGACAUCAACAAUAUGCACCUAUAGAGAGGAUUUAACUUACUACCCAAAAGGAUAAGGAUCUACAUUGGUAUUUUGCAUAUCAUAGGACCAAUUACUUACCGACCAUGGCCAAUCUUUUUGAGAAGACGAUAAUUGGCGUGAUAGACGUUAUAGGAUGUGUGUAUGAACUCAUUGUGUUCGUACCGUAUUACUUCCUAUGUAAGCCCUACAAAAAGAUGGAGAGAUCCCAGCGGAUAAAGAGUAAGUCCAUAUCGGGCGACCCCGCAGGUCCAUACCGGGCGGUGGAGGUGGGUGGGACAGGAAAGCUGGCCACCACCCUGUUUGAGGACUGCACCACCGUUGACGACCUCCUGAAGCGAGCAGUGCAGCUGUAUGGCUCCUACAGGUGUCUGGGGACCAGGGACCUCCUUAGCGAGGAGGAUGAGAUGCAAUCCAAUGGCAAAAUAUUCAAGAAGGUGAUUAUGGGUGAAUACAGAUGGACCACUUAUGAGGACGUGUUCACUAGGGUCACUCACUUUGGGAGUGGGCUGAUGGCUCUGGGUCAGAAGCCAAAGAAGACCAUCUUGAUUUACUGCGAGACCAAGGCCGAGUGGAUGAUAGCGGCACAAGCCUGCUUCAAAUUCAACUUCCCAGUUGUUACUCUGUAUGCCACUCUGGGUAAAGAAGCGGUUAUACAUGGUGUCAACGAAUCGGAAGUGACCCACAUCAUAGUCAGCACUCAACUCAUUUCAAAAUUCAAAGAUAUAAUGGGAAAAAUGCCAAAAGUCACUCAUCUAAUAUACAUUGGCGAUGGGAAAUCCCCCAAGAAGUCUGAUUACCCGGAGUCAGUACAGCUGAGGUCGAUGGAGGAUGUAGAAGUCAUAGGCGCACAGAUAGAUAACUUACGCACUCCUGUGGCCAAACCGUCCCCUGACGAUCUCGCUGUGAUAAUGUAUACCAGUGGGUCUACUGGGGUCCCAAAAGGUGUGCUGAUUACACACAAGAAUCUGAUGUCUGGAAUGGCUGGCCAGUGUCAGAAGAUUCAAAAUCUGGGUCCAAAAGAUGUAUAUGUGGGUUACCUACCUUUAGCCCAUGUCCUUGAACUUGGGGCAGAAAUCAGCUGUUUGGCCCACGGAACGUGCAUCGGUUACUCUUCUCCUCUGACUUUAACAGAUAACUCCAGCAAAAUCAAGAAAGGAAGUAAGGGCGACCUUUCUGUACUGAAGCCUACUCUCAUGGCAGCUGUUCCGAUGAUAAUGGACAGACUGUACAAGGGAGUGUGGGAGAAAGUCAACAUGGGAGGAUCCUUCAGCCGAGCUCUGUUUGAGUGGGCGUAUGAUUACAAGAAGAAGAGGAUAGAGAAUGGCUACACUACUCCUCUACUGGACAAAUAUAUCUUCUCAAAGGUAUCCUUGGUGCUGGGAGGGAGGGUCAGGAUGAUGCUGAGUGGGGGAGCCCCCCUGUCAGAGAAAACCCAGCGCUUCAUGAACAUCUGUUUCCGCUGCCCUGUUCUGCAGGGGUACGGCCUGACAGAAACUUGUGGGGCAGGAACCAUCCAAGAAGUUGAUGACUUGUCCACUGGUAGAGUGGGAGCACCUUUGAUCUGCAAUGAGCUUCGUCUCCGAGAUUGGCCAGAAGGAAACUACACCUCAAAGGACAAGCCUUGCCCACGUGGAGAAAUACUGUUGGGAGGCGGUAACAUUGUACAGGGCUACCACAAAAUGCCAGAGAAGACCAAGGAAGACUUUACGGACAUUGAUGGAACCUGGUACUUCUGUUCCGGAGACAUCGGACAGAUUGAUCCAGAUGGUUGUUUGAGAGUUAUCGAUCGAAAGAAAGACCUUGUGAAACUCCAGGGUGGAGAGUAUGUGGCUGUUGGACAGGUGGAAACUGUUCUAAAGAUGGUGCCCAUCGUGGAGCAGAUCUACAUCCACGCUGACAGUAACCACGAAUUCACUGUCGUGUUUAUAGUCCCCAGCACCAAACACUUGGAAGACCUAGCAGAGAGCCUCGGGGUCAGUGGAGAGCUUGAAGACUUGUGUAAAGACAAGAAAGUGGAAAGUGAAGUCCUCAAAAAGCUGACAGAGAGUGGAAUAAAGGGAGACCUGGAGAGAUUCUCUCUGCCCAGGAAAAUCAAGAUAUGCCCUGAACCAUGGAUGCCCGAGUCUGGACUAGUCACAGAUUCAUUCAAAGUCAAACGAAAAAACUUUGUUGAGCAUUAUAAGAAAGACAUUGAGGAAAUGUACAAGAAGUAAAUCAAGUGAAAACCCCUAAUUAAAGUGGAUUUCUAAUUAAACGCAAGGAAUAUUACAUUUAGAUCAUAAAAUUGUGAGAAACAUUCCUUGCAGAUUUUAAAAUCAUGCUAUUUGUGAAAUAUGUGAAAUUAAAAAAAAAGUUGGGUGUUAACGAUGUUAUAUUCUUGCUAUUUGAUACACAAUGGGUGUGAUCAUGGAAUGAAGUACUUCCAUAAAACAAGAAAUAUAUAAGGAUAUCAAAUGUCUACAUGCCUCUGCCAACCUAUAUACCGGUAUGUUAUUUGAUGUUAAAUAUUUGUGUGUGCAGGUGCUCUAAGUGCUUUUUUCUGUGGUGGGUAUAUAUGUGUGUAAAAAAAAUUUUGCCAUACAAAGUGCUGGGAUUUUAAUUUUGUGUUAUAAUUGUUUAUAGAUUUUUUGGUUUAUUUUGGUAAUUUUUACAAUAUUGAUUGAAUCUUUUUAAAGUCUUAUACCAGUAUUGACUUUUACAUUUCCAGUACCAAGCCAGUUUUAAUCAACUGUAUAUGUAUAUACUUAAUAGAUCUCUCUUGCCUAGAACAAUUAAAUUGUCUUAAAUUUCUCUAGAACAGGGUGCAUUUUUAUAUUCUCUAAACUGUUUAAUAACAAAAGGGUCCUCGACAUCCUUUUUAUGUAAGUCACAACAUGGCGAUAGAAAUCCCAGAUACUGUGUGAACUUUUGUUUUUAUGAAUCUUUAAAAGUGAAUCCCCCCCCCCCCCCAAAAAAAAUUAAACCUUAGUUUUCUCUAUCAUUUUUAAGCCGAAAGCAUGCUAGAAAUCCAAAUCACUAAGAAAUAUAGAAAUUUGGGCUUGCAUUCAAAGUUUUUCUCACUUGGUGGAUUGAAGGUCCCUUAAACAUAACAAGACAGCAUGAAGGAAUUCCCAAUGUAUACAAUAUGCUCCUUGGCCAAGUUCAAUAACUUUUAAAUCUGGGAUUUAUCUGGUUAUCCAUGAUAUUGAUUGGUAAAAAUAUGAUUUUAUGUUACAAUUCAAAAUGUGUUGAAGUCUUUUGAAAAGUGUCUUUAUUACAUGAUAGUUGAAAUGAAUUUUCUGUUACAGUGUAUAUUUUUUAUGUAAUAUAUUACAAAUUGAGAUAUUUGAUUUUGAGUUAUUUAAAUUUUUGAAUUAAGACUAUAAAAAGAUUCAUUCUUUUAUAUACUGGGUAUACUGGAAUUUAUAAUAUAUAAUAUUAAUCAGUCAGAUAUCGAUGUACUGUAUAAUUGGCAGUAAAUUCAAAUCUUUGCAUCACUCCAUCUUAGUUGUGAAGUGGGCAUAUCAAACUAUCCUGUUGUAAUAAGACUGAAUAAAUUAGGGAAUUAUUUAAUUAAAGGCAAUAGCACUAAUAUUCUUUUGUCAGUUUUGUGUUAUAAAUGUUGAAGCUAUAAAGUGCCAUGACUUUUGUACAUAAUACAAUUUCUGUUUUUGAUAAGUUUUUAAAAUAAAUAUAUAAUUGUGCCAUUUUCCUAUUGGAAAAGCAGUUGUUUUCUGUGUAAAUUGUCAUUUUAUACUUAAUUCAAAUGUAUAUUAAACUGGAGAAAGAAGUUAUAAAAUUUGCUCAUCGGAAUGAUGAAAUAAUUAGUAAAAGUAUGCUGUUUAUACUGUAUUAGAAAGAAGACAAAUUCAUAUAUGGUACUUGUAUAUAUUUUAGCAUGUAAUUGCAUGGAUAGAUUUAAGCAUUAUUAACCGACAGUGCAAAAAAAUUGUCUUCAAAAAAGAUUUUAUUAUAUAUAGUAAAGUAUACAGUCAUUAAUGUUUUUUGAGAAUUAAUAUUUAAAAAAUACAAGUUAGAUUAAAGAUGUAUAAAUCUCAAGUAUAUAUAUACACCAUUUCAAAAUAUCAAUUCAAAGCUACCGUAAUUAACUAUUCCCCGAAAUUUGAUAAUAUGCAGUAUAUCUGGUAAUUUCCAAUUUUUGCUUUUAUUCAGAAUCUCUUUUAAAUAGCAAAUUCUUGAAUAUGCAAAAAUAAUGUUCUGCAUUGUUUCCAAUAAAAAACAUUUUAAAUGGCAAAAAAGAAUGACGCAAAUUAAAAAUGCUACACAUUUUUUUCAUUUUCGCAAAUUGUGCGACAUGCGAAAAAAAAAACCCAGAAAAACAUGCAAAAAAAAUUUAUCUCUGUUAAGCCCCUUUGCCCCUUUAAGCAUCUGAGAAUCUACAACUCAUCGCUCAUUAUCAUUUUUUUUAAAAUAAAAUGAGGUUCAGAAAUACAUUUUGUUACAAAUCAAUGGAAAGUUUUCAAAUUAGAUUUUUAUUUCUGAUUAAUUUUCGGCGUUUUAAAUGAGGAAUAAAAGAAAGAUUCCAACUCUUGACUUUACCAUGCAUACUCAUUUUUAAAGAAAUUCUCUUACAAUUAAGGGCACUAAAUGGGGACAAUAUGGUGUAAAUUUUGUAGUGUUGUUAUUGCAGUUUUAUAAUGUAUAUCCUUUAUAUAUAUGUCAAGUGAUUUGCAGCAUUCUGCCUGAUGGAAUAAAUACAGAUUGCUUAAA